GUCUGUUUCAGGCGCGAGGCUCAGUUUAUUUGACGUUUGCGAUAUAAUGAAGACAAUCUUUAUAUUAAUGUUCUUAGUGCUGCUGGCCGUGAGCCUGGCAGAAUCUGCUCCCACCGCAGGCAACGAUCCUACUGUUUCUAUAUUGCGCUACACUAAUGAUCAGGACUUGGAAAAUAUUCAACGGGAUAUCAUUGCGCAAUACGAACGGUUCGGAGGAACCACCCAAGUGCAUAAACCGCUGACGGCCAGUAUCAUUAACCCAGCCAGCCUAAGGAUUAAUAUUUAAUGCUCUCCGAAAAUAAAUCGAUCUUUUUAAAAGUU